GCUGUGGAAGUUGACCGUGUUCAACAGUAUGGAAGUGAAGUGACGUGGAGAACUGUGGACACAACAAGCGGACGUCGCACGAAACUCCAGUUGGGACCACAUCUCCGGAUAUGAAACACCAUCAGCUCUAACACCGGCGACCUCACGUUUCCAGCGUCAAAUCUUGACGACGCGAGUUCUGUAUUCGUCCAAGAAACAAACGCGGCGCUUCAUCUGCUGGUUAGCUGGUUAGCUCGUUAGCUACCAGCCGCCGCCGCCGUGACGCCGCCGGUUGAAAGUCAGCCCCAUGCAAGUCAAACACCGCGCCGUGACUGGAGGCUAAAAUGAAAAAGGCAAAGAAAGACAAGAAAGACUCGACUGGCCGCCGCUGACGUUCACUUCACAAGACGCCGCAGGAGUUCGCUCGCUAACAUCAGCCCGUCGACUGAGCAGGGAGACGCCGGAGCGAAGUGUCAGAAUGGACUCCCUGCUGCGAGGCGAGGAGCUGUGUCUGGCCCAGCUGUUCCUACAGUCCGGCUCGGCGUACGACUGCAUCAGUGAACUGGGAGAGCUGGGGCUCGUGGAGUUCAGGGACCUCAAUCCCAGUGUGAACGCGUUCCAGCGAAAGCAUGUCAACGAGAUCAAGAACUGCGAGGAGAUGGAGAGGAUUCUUGGAUACCUUCUGAGGGAAAUAAAGAAAGCAGACAUUUCACUGCCAGAACGAGAUGUGAACCCCGUGGCUCCCUUACCCAAACACGUCAUGGCUAUCAUGGAGCAGCUACAGAGGCUAGAAGUGGAGCUAGGUGAAGUCACUAGGAACAAAGAGAAGCUGCAGAAGAACCUGCUGGAGCUGAGGGAGUACACACACAUGCUACGCAUCACCCACAGCUUUGUACAGAGAACGUCCGAGCGAGAGCCCCUACAUGUGCAGUAUGAGGAGUUUCCCUUCCUAGAAAAGGACACAGUGAUGGACUACAGCAGCAUGCAGAGGCUUGGAGCCAAACUAGGUUUCAUCUCUGGGCUUAUUCAGAGGGCAAAGAUCGAAGCAUUCGAGCGGAUGCUUUGGAGAGUGUGUAAAGGCUACACCAUCCUCAGCUAUGCUGAGGUCGAUGAGUAUCUGGAAGAUCCCGAAACGGGGGAGCCUUCCAAAUCCAUAGUGUUUCUGAUCUCUUACUGGGGAGAGCAAAUUGGCCAGAAAGUGAAGAAGAUCAGCGACUGCUACCACUGUCACUUGUAUCCCUAUCCCACAAACAACGACGAGAGGAAUGAUGUCGUGGAAGGACUAAAAACUCGCAUUCAGGACCUGCACACAGUACUUCACAGGACAGAGGACUACCUGAGACAAGUUCUGAUGAAGGCUUCUGAAUCUGUAUACACCUGGGUCAUCCAGGUCAAGAAGAUAAAAGCCAUCUACUAUAUUCUGAACCUGUGUAGUCUUGAUGUUACUAACAAGUGUCUGAUUGCCGAGGUGUGGUGUCCUGUCAACGACAUUGCCAACCUGAGGAGGGCCCUAGAAGAAGGAUCGAGAAAAAGUGGAGCGACAGUUCCUUCCUUUGUCAAUCGUAUCCCCACCAGCGACACUCCCCCCUCCCUGAUAAGAACCAACAAGUUCACCUCUGGCUUCCAGGGCAUAGUGGAUGCCUAUGGAGUGGGCAAUUACAGGGAGGUCAACCCUGCUCCUUUCACAAUCAUUACUUUCCCGUUCUUGUUUGCUGUGAUGUUUGGGGACCUGGGUCAUGGACUCAUCAUGGCUCUCUUUGCUUUCUGGAUGGUGCUGUAUGAGAACAACCGCAAACUUAAAAACACCAGGAAUGAAAUCUGGAACACAUUCUUUGAGGGCCGUUAUAUCAUCCUGAUGAUGGGCCUGUUCUCCAUCUACACGGGCCUGAUAUACAACGACUGCUUCUCAAAGUCCCUGAACAUCUUUGGUUCUGGGUGGAGUGUGAAGGCCAUGUUCACAGCGGAGAUGUGGAAGACAGAUGAUCUCAGUGGGAACCGUUUCCUCACUCUGGAUCCAAAUGUUACAGGAGUUUUCAAAGGGCCGUACCCUCUGGGAAUUGACCCAAUCUGGAACCUCGCAACCAACCGCCUAACAUUUCUGAACUCCUAUAAGAUGAAGAUGUCAGUGAUAAUUGGCAUCAUACACAUGAGCUUCGGGGUCAUUCUCAGCACUUAUAAUCACUUGCACUUUAGGAAAAAGCACAACCUGUACCUGGUAUUUCUCCCUGAGCUCCUGUUCCUGCUGUGUCUGUUUGGUUAUCUGGUCUUCAUGAUAUUCUACAAGUGGCUGGUCUUCUCUGCCAAGGACUCCAGAGAGGCCCCGAGCAUCCUCAUCCACUUCAUAAAUAUGUUCCUCAUGCAGGGUGAUGGAGUGCCGCCCCUCUACCCAGGACAGACUGGCUUGCAGAUAUUUCUGGUUGUCAUUGCUGUCCUCUCAGUGCCUGUCCUGCUCCUGGGGAAACCCAUCUACCUUAACUGGCUUCACAACGGAAGCCAACGACUUGGAAUGUACCGGGGAUAUGAGCGUGUGCGGCGCAACAGUGAGGAGGAGCUCUACCUGAUGAGGGCUAAUGACAUGGAGGAGGGCAGCAGUCACAGUGAUCUCUCCUCGAGCGGAGAUCACGAGGCAGAGGAGUUUGACUUUGCAGACGAGUUCCUGCAUCAGGCCAUCCACACUAUAGAGUAUUGCCUGGGCUGCGUCUCCAACACAGCCUCCUACCUCCGGCUCUGGGCUCUGAGCCUGGCACAUGCCCAGCUGUCCGAUGUGCUGUGGGCCAUGGUGAUGCGAGUAGGACUCAGAAUGGACACCCGCCUUGGAGUUUUGUUCCUGGUGCCUGUGUUCAGCCUGUUUGCCGUUCUCACCGUGUCCAUCCUUCUGGUAAUGGAAGGGCUGUCUGCAUUCCUCCAUGCACUCCGGCUGCACUGGGUGGAGUUUCAGAACAAGUUCUACAGCGGGACUGGAGUCAAGUUCUCCCCCUUCUCAUUCUCUCUCCUGCCCUCCAGCUUUGAGCACGAUGGCUUACUGUAACAAAGGACUACUUGGUAAUACUGUUGAUUGUUAAACGGAGCCAAAACAUGCAAUUUAUAAAAGACAUGUUCCAGAUAUGUCAUGAAGUGAUUUAGACUUUUCAUUUCUUCUUUAAAUAAUUUAAAAAAAUUGUAUGGUGAGCCUCACAAUCUUUAGUUGUGCAUCAACAGUUGUUGAUGUCACUUGUAUUGCCCCCAAACUUAGAAUAAAUAAUAAUAAUGAUAAAAAAAAGAUAUAUGAUUUAGUAUGGGGUACCUUAACAGUAAUAAGUAAAUGGUUGGUUAGACAGACAACACUUGAUAGGAUACAUUUUUGGUGAUUCUGAUCUUUUCAUGGGAUUUGCUGACAACGAAGAUGAGAACAUCGGUCUUUAUCAUUUCUUUAUUUAGUUCAGCUUUCUCCCAUUUCUUUUCUUCUGUAUCUAGUUACAUUUUUAGCAUAAUUGGGUACAGAAAUUCUAUUUUCCCUUUAUUUUGUUAGUUUUGACUCGUCUAGUUUCCAUACACUGGGUAGUGAGCCACCUAACAACACAUACAGUAGUUCUUAUUCAACUCUUUGGUGCACUGAUUGUCUUAUGUAAGUACAACCAAAUGACAGCAUACUGUAUGGUCCUUCAGAUUCCUCAUGUAUUCCUACAUUGUGGUACCAAAACACUAUGACGGAUCUUUGACCUUUCAGUAGUGAAAAGUGCUUGGGCAGGUGUGUGAUUAGAUGUAUAUACUUUUGCAGAAUUUGUUUUGUUUUUUUAAUUUUAUUUUUAAAAUGUUACUUUAGAAUUAAAGAUGAAUUAUAAUGUAAUAAGAUUUUCACUUUUAUGCAUUCACAGUGUUGCCUAUGUCGUCCAUUUAUUGUACAUUUUAGCAUUCCACACAUGAAUACCUUGUCAUUUAUUUGUUGACCCCAGUUCUCCUUGAAGGAUUCAACACUGUGGUUGCUUAUUUGUUAUUAGAAGAUUGAAUUAUGGACUAACACCAGACAUUGGUGGAAAUGGCUCAUUUUGUGAAUUUGUUAGUAUUGUAUGGAAUUGGUAUUGGUAUUUUUCUCUAAGGGAUGGAGACUUAAUUGUCGUCAUUGCUUCAAUACUAACCUGCACUUUUUCAAAUGGCAACAGAGUUUGCUUCAGUAAGAUACUGCCACACGUUUGAUGGUCACGACCUUGUUUUAAAAAAAAUUAAAUUAUAUGGUUUUAUAUCUUCAUGAUACAAGUGGCAAUAAAGGUUUUCUAGAGCCAAGUGAUGUUUGCCUUAACGCUGACUUUUUGUGGUUUGGUUGAACAGGUAUUGUAAUUUCAUCCAAUUCAGCUCUGAUUUUGAAAUUCACUUUAAUAUUAAGAAUUAUCUAUUUCUUUUUUCCGAACACUCCAUGCUCCACUUUUUAAGAAAAAUCAUUUUUCCAUCAUUUUGUCAAUAAUAAACUGUAUUUGUUUAAGUUGGA